AUGUCGACGCUAGACAUCAACUGGCUGCGCCCCAUGAGGCCAGACAGUCCCACACCACUACAAAUUCUUAUCAAUUGGUUUAGACAAAAUGGUGUCGUCUAUCACGCGUCUGCGCAUCAACGUGAAGUGCUCGGACCUUUAUGUCGAGAGCUCAAUGCCCGUGGAUUCCAGUGCGAAGUGGAUCAGAUUUUAAAAUACAUUAAUUACCUAAAAGAAAUUCUACACGAUGCGACAGUACUUAAUCGAGACAUUAUCAAGCCAUUAAAACCUUAUCAAGAUCAUCUAGAGGAGUUGCUGUUCAAGGACGGCCAUGCAGACGUUACAAUUGCUCAACAAAAAGCACGAAGUCAUGCCCCCAGUCGUCUGUCGUGGCUUGAACCUUCGGCUUAUAGUGGCCCAAGUGGGAUGGAAGUACUGGUAGAUUGGCUCAAGUCGAACUAUAGUGCAUACGCUCAUGCUACGAGAAAGGGAGAGAAAGGGAAGAUGCUAGAGGAGUUAGUGAAAGAGAUGAAGGAUGCAGGGAUCCAGGACUGUGCUGUAAAUACAGUUCGGGCAAAGAUUGAUGUUUUACAUAGGGAAGUACGAGGCGAGAAGACACGAUCAGCAGCUUGGGAACAAUUUGGAUCGGUACUGGAAGAGAUUUUUACGAUGGGAGAUGCUGGUCAAGAACGUGACGACGUAAGAGAUGGUGGAGAGAGUGUUGAUAGCCGGGAAGAUGAGAAUCUCGAUCAUAAUGCGGCUCGAGAUGAUGCAAUGGAAGAGCCUGAACGGCUUGGCAGUAUUACCGGUCAACAACCUGCUGACAACACUAACAACGAUGCCUACGAAUUGGCGAAGAGCAUCGUCAGUAACGGCAAGGUCUCUAUGGUCAUGAAAAAUCCUGUCAGAAAACACGCUCGUAAUAGUCCCAACAGUCGGUUAUCGUGGAUGAAAUCAGCGGCACCCGGCGCUCCGACUGCUAUGGAGCUAUUGAUAGAGUGGAUGGAGCGUUAUUACGUUGCAUACACGCAGUCUACUAAAAAAGGAGAUAAGGGGAAAAUGUUGGCCGAACUCUUGCGCAAGAUAGAAGGUGUCGGCCAUCGCGGUUGUACAAUUCACGCUAUCCGAGUAAAAAUCGACAGUCUCCAAAGGCAAGCGGGAGGAAGAGCCCGCCCAUCGUCAGCGUUUGAUCAAUACGGUGCAUCUCUUAAGAAAGUUUUUGCUGAGAGAGACGGUAUCGAUCAUAUUGAACCGCGGGUGUUGUCGCCUGUUGGUAUUCAAGACGAUGAGAAAUUACACAAUAGUGACGAAGAUGAUUUAGCAUGCGAUGAGAUACCUGGAGAGCUCGUAAUGACCGAAGGCAACGCAAGCCCUGACUAUCCAAGCGCUUUGACGGACAGGUUUACGACAGAGCAAGUAGUCAUGCCCGACAUUGAAAGCCACAACGCCGAAGAAACAAAUGUAUUCGAAGACGAUAGCAACUCGAAUCACGCUACAACUUUCUCCAAUAGCGACACUGAGGAAGAUGUAGACCAACCUGCAAAGAAAAAGAUUGCUGUACCCGAAGUACGCCGUUUUGUAUCGACACCAGCUCCAUCUCUAUCGACACCAGCUCCAUCUCUAUCGACACCAGCUCCAUCUCAACCGACGUUAUCUCCACCGACGCCAUCUCCAUCGCCAUCGACGUUAUCUCCAUCGGCGACCGAAAUAGUACGUAUUGCAACGUUGCUCCGUGAGCGGCACGACCUCCAUCAACGCGGUGUGCCUCAGGAGCAGAUUGACAAGUUUCUUCCGCUGCCCAAUGUGUAA